UGGAGGAAGGAAUGAGGUGCAUCGAGCUGCGAAUAGAAAGGCGAGAGACAGAGUGAAAGAAAGAGGGAGAGAGGUACCUGAACACAUGAUCAUUCCCUAACGCCUGUUCAACUACUGCCUUAGCCUACUUAUACUUUAAUAGACUGUAAAACAGCGGAGAGGGACAGAAAAAGGGACGAAAAUAAAAUACACCCAGCGAUCGCUACAAAAACAGAAAUUGACAUGUCAGAAAUUGUGCCCCCUGAAGUGAGACCUAAACCUGCCGUCCCAGCUAAGCCCUCUCAUGUGGCACCACCCUCUAGCACUCCCUUUUUGCCUUCACCCCAAGGAACAGGGGGUGAAGGUCAAGGGUCAGGUCGAGGAUCUGCAUUGCUUGGAUACAUCGGUAUAGACACCAUCAUCGAGCAGAUGCGGAAGAAGACCAUGAAGACAGGCUUUGACUUCAACAUCAUGGUGGUUGGUCAGAGUGGUCUUGGAAAGUCCACUUUAGUGAAUACUCUCUUUAAGUCACAGGUGAGCAGGAGGAGCACAGGCUGGAGUCGUGAUGAGAAGAUUCCAAAGACUGUGGAGAUUAAAUCUGUCGCGCAUGUGAUUGAGGAAGGAGGGGUGAAGAUGAAGUUAACAGUCGUUGAUACACCAGGCUUUGGAGACCAAAUCAACAAUGAUAAUUGCUGGGAGCCCAUAUCCAAAUACAUCAAUGAACAAUAUGAGAAGUUUUUAAAGGAAGAAGUCAACAUUGCUCGCAAGAAACGCAUCCCUGAUACCCGAGUGCACUGCUGCUUGUACUUCAUAUCCCCAACUGGACACUCGCUUCGCCAAUUGGAUAUUGAGUUCAUGAAGCAUCUGAGUCGUGUGGUCAACAUUAUACCUGUCAUUGCCAAAUCGGACACACUCACUCUUGAAGAGAAAAUUGAAUUUAAACAAAGGGUGAGGAAGGAGCUGGAAGUGUGUGGGAUCGAGUGUUAUCCACAGAAAGAGUUUGAUGAAGACAUGGAGGAUAAGAGUGAUAAUGAUAAGAUCAGGGAGACAAUGCCCUUUGCCGUGGUAGGAAGUGAUAAAGAGUACCAGGUCAAUGGUAAACGAGUUUUAGGGAGGAAGACAGCUUGGGGAAUUGUGGAGGUUGAAAACCCAAAUCACUGCGAAUUCGCCUUGCUUCGUGAUUUCAUGAUUAGGUCUCACCUCCAGGACCUGAAGGAGGUCACUCAUAACAUCCACUACGAGACGUACCGUGCCAAAAGGCUUAAUGCUAACGGAGGUCUGCAUCCCAUCUCCUCCUCUGGCCACGAAACACAAGAAAGCAACCUGUGAAAAAAAAAGCGAGCAGGAUAAUAAGGAUGCGAGAGGAGACAAAGAUUCAUCUUGUAAUAAUUCAACUGUGCAUGUUCAGAAGAUCUCAUCGCUGUGGAGGUUUAAGUCUUUAUACUCCUUUUAACCCUUUGUGGAACUUGUCAUCAUCUCUUGUCGCACAACCUUUGAAAAUUAGAAAAAGAGUUCCCCAGUUGCUCACUAUGCUGUUUUUAGUGAGCUCGUGAUAAUCGUAUCUUGUCCUCCGUCCUCUACGGCAACCUCUGUUAGACACAUUUGAGCAGUUUAAUAUAGUUAGAAGGGGGAUUGCACUGCCACUGCUAUCUGCAGCUUACUCAACGGGCCUUAUUUAUUAAAACAUUUAGCACACUUUUAGUACCUAUGCCAAUUGAACAUACUCUAGUAAGCCUACUAAAUCUCAACAUGCAAAGUGUUUUAAUAAGUGUCAUCUCUUUGGCCCUAUAAGGGUACAGCAGUGUUUCUCUAAGUACUUUUUACCUUUGCUGUGUAACUCUGCCAAAGCAAGUCUCAGAGGACUCUGAAGUGACCAUUGAAGUAUAUUCCUACAGAUCAUUCCAAACAAGUGCAACAAUUUAAACGCAUGCCUGCGUUUACAUUGCUUUCCAGUGGCCAAUUAAACUUCAGGAAGAAACUGAAAGAACACUGAUUAAAAAUGAUCGGUUCCUUUUACAAAUCAAGAAGUUUUCUUUCAGCACAUUUUGUAUGAGUCUGUUUGUAUGAAUGAGUACAAAAGUUGCGUUUAACAAAGCUUUCUCAUCAUUUUGCCUAUGGUAAUAGUUAUUUCUGCCUCGUGAUGUAAUUUUCCUUUUAAUAUCCCAUGUGUGCCAAUAUUUCAAAUUGUGUGUAAUUACUUUUACAUUACAUUUCAUCUCACAAUAGCAUAUCUGCACAGAUUGAUACAUUAUGUAGGAAUCUCAAGUCUUACAGAUUCAUACUGAUCUUAAAUCAGUUCACCAUUCAUCUUUUUCAUAUCACAUUUAAUUAAUGCUGGUGUGGAAUUAUAAAACACCUUUGAACAAUAAUUAUGAAACAUUAUUUAUAUUGUAUUUAUGUUUUAUUUAUUACGAUACUUAUGUUUUAAUUUAAUAAACAUGUUUGCCAUGA